CACAAAAUGUGGGGGGGGGGGGGCUAAAAUAUAUUCGCUUUGUUGCGUCGGUCCGUCCGUCCAUCUCCAUUAUCGUGUCCGCUCUAUAAACAUGAUAAAUCUUAUACCAGUUGAAGGUUUUUCUUCAAACUUGGCUCAAAUGUUCACCUCAACAGGGGGUUAGGGUUCUCAACAAGGGGAUGUGCAGAACCCAUGUUGCCCAUGUGUCAGCUCAAGGUCAAAGUCACAGUUGCAGGUCAAAUAUCAAACAAUCAAAUAUUAGACAGUAUGUCCUGUCUGCUCUGUAAGUCCUAGUCACUAAUUGAAAGAUUUUUCUUCAAUCUUGGCUCAAAUUUCCACCUCAACAAGGUCAUGGGCAGAACCAAUGUUAACCUUUUGCCGGCUUAAGGUCAAGGUCACACUUGAAGGUCAAAAAUUGACUUAGAAAAUAUUGUUAAAUUUUAACAUGUACACAUGUAUUUGAAUAUUUCUGAAACUAGAGAAGAUCAAGGUCACCUUUGAAGGUCAAAAAGUACAUUUUGUGUCUGCACUGAAAGUUCUAUAGUUUUCAAAUGUAGAUUUUAAAACUUGACUCAAAUGUUUUCUUUCAAAAAUAAUGAUAUGCACUACAAAGUAUCCUGUGUUGUAGAAAUCAGGUGGGAGCUGUUAUUCACCACUCCUGUGGCACCUCUUAGAAAGUUCAGUAAUAUUUUUAUCUAAAUAGACACACAGCCUGUACAUUCUAUUUGGUAUGUUGGAUCCUUAAAAAAGAUCAUUCUGCAGAAAUUUACAAAUCUAUUUACAAAUCAGACAUUAUUGGUAUAGAGCUUUUAAUAACAGUUUACUAUUUAACUGAGCAUUUAAAUGAUGGCAAACAAAGUAAGGUACUGUAAUAGCAGGAGCUAAUUGUAAUUUGACUGAAACUUAAAUGAGUUCUUAUCCCAAAUAUAUUUGGCAAAAUUUGUGGAGUAAAUUGCAGAAACUGCACUGUAGACUAUUUCAAACACUAAAGUAACUAUAAGAUCCAAAUUUUGAGAGUGAUUCUUUUUUGUGGCAUUUAAUGCAGCUGUCUAAAUGGACAGCAGUUCAAAAAGGCUUCACUAUAGUAUAGAUCGGCCUAUGACUGUCUUAUGUUUGUUUUAUAUUUCCAAUGACCAUUCUCCAAGUUGUGUAAGAAUAGGUUAUUGUUACAUUUCAGGCAGGUUUCACCAUGUCUUUGACCCAGGAUCCAGUGUCACAUGUUCUUGAAAAAAUAGGCUUAAGAAAUUUAUCAGAAAAUUUUAAGAAGCAAAAGGUCACAACACUAACUACAUGUAAACAGCUGUCUGAUACAGAAUUAUCAAGCCUUGGAUUAACUACCAUUGGUGACAGAGCUCGAUUUCGCGCUGAGGUUCAAACUUCUGGAACAGCGCCUCCAGCAGCCGCACCAAAUAGUCAAGGUAACAGUGUAUCAGCUGAAAGGUCAUUUUUUCCUAGCCGCUCAUUUGGGAAUCGGUCUCACAGGGGCCGAAAAGAAGUUCAAAGGGAGAAGACAUGGACAGCAGCAAUAAUGUGUUUAUCUGAUACUUCACAGACAAGUGUACCUUCACAUUCUGAAAAAGUAUGUUUACAAAAAGCUGGACUUGGCUUAAAGAAAAUUGCAUUCAGUGCAUCAGGAAGCGAGUCAGAUUUACAUGUAUCACUUCUGAAGGAAUUUCCAAAACUAGAAACAAGUGGAGGUUAUGAACUUAUGUACUGUACUGCUAAUAGAAGACAGCUAAAAAAAAUUGAUGUUAAGUGGGAUGUUUCUCAUUUGAAAUCUGUAAUUGGAGGACAAAGUCGAAUUUAUGUUCGACCUAUACAGAAUUCGUUAUCACUAGAUAUUGAGGAGGAGGAGGAAGAUAACACCCCUACCAGCACGAAAUAUGCUUGCCAAACAUGUGGUAUCCAAUUCAGUGUUACUGAACUGAGGCAACAUAUUGCACAAUGUCAAAAUAUCAACCAGACAGGUAUAGAAGAUCCAAACCAACAGGAAGCUAACAACACUUGCCAAACCUGUGGUAUAUCAUUCAGGGUUUCAGAACUUGGGCAACAUAUUUUGCAAUGUCAAAAUAUCAACCAGACACGUAUAGAAGAUCCAAACCAACAGGAAGCUAACAACACUUGCCAAACCUGUGGUAUAUCAUUCAGGGUUUCAGAACUUGGGCAACAUAUUUUGCAAUGUCAAAAUAUCAACCAGACACGUAUAGAAGAUCCAAACCAACAGGAAGCUAACAACACUUGCCAAACCUGUGGUAUAUCAUUCAGGGUUUCAGAACUUGGGCAACAUAUUUUGCAAUGUCAAAAUAUCAACCAGACACGUAUAGAAGAUCCAAACCAACAGCAAGUAAACAACACAGUAGAUGAUGACAUUUUGGAGACAAACUUUUUUGAACGCCCAUUAAAUACAGACAAUGGACCUGAGACCAAUGAAUACCAAAAUCUUUUAGAAACAGGUUUUGCAACACAGCACUCUAAUAUUGUGGAACAUCUGCUGUCUAAUACUGAAUCUUUGAAUGAAAACAUAAAUGAUAUUACAAAAACUUGCAUCGAAGAUAUAAUCAAUUUUCAAAUAAGUGAUCCAAUCCAUGCACUGAAAUAUAUUCAGUCUAAAAUAGUGAUUGGAAGAAAAUUAGACAUUGAGGAAGAAGAUUUGUUGACAAGCAUAACAGGUGCUACAAAUUAUAUUGUAGUUGACAGGUUCAACAUUCUUUCAACAGGAAUGCAAGAAAUAAGAGACAUACAAAAUUUGAGGCUGACAUUGGAAGUUCAGUUUUAUGGUGAAACUGCUGAAGAUUUAGGUGGCCCAAGGAAAGAAUUCUUUGACCUAAUACUUCAGGAAAUCCAGAAGAAAUUCUUUGAUCCUAUUAGAGAUUGGAUUGAUAACAAAGAGUAUGAAACCAUUGGAAAGAUAUUUGCGCUGAGUAUGCUUCAAAAUGGUAGAUUACCUCGACUGUUUAGUGCUGAGAUCCUGGAGGAAUUCUUUGGAGACAGACCAAGGAGCACUCUCAUUGCUUUAGGACAGGGCAUGGAUGCUUUGGGAAUGUUUCAGAUUUUGAAAACACACCAAUUUAUGCAGCAUCUAAUGACACCAAGAGAUGAUCUACAUUUGACAUUAAAGAUGAUAUUACACUUAAUGAAGCCAGUGUUCUCUUCAGAGGGAUCAAACAAAAGAGUAGUGGAAUCAACUAUAUUUCAGAAAUUCAUCAAAUACCUCAGAGAAGUUGAAAGUGGAAGAAGAGAGGGGAUCCACAUGGGAAUGGUUCUGAAAUUUGUAACUGGAGCAGAAAUGGAACCACCCCUAGGAUUUGGGCUAGCACCAUCAGUACAUUUCCAGGAGCAUGAAUCAUUUCUUCCUACUGCAAAUACAUGCACCAAUAGUUUAACAUUACCGAUUCCGGUUAAUAAUACAAUUCCUGAUGAUGAAAAACUGUUUAAUCUUUACGAUUUAGCUUUCUGUAAUAGUUACUUUGGUAUUGCAUAAUAGUGUACAAGGAAGCACAUUUGAUGGAUAACAUUUUGCUAUAUAGAAUAUUUUAUGUUUAAGUGGCAUAAUAUAGGUAAUAUAACAUAAAUGUGCUAUUCUGAUGGAUUGUAUUGCUUAAGUCAAUUGUGCAAAGAUGUAUUUUCUAUAGGGCGAGUGGGAAUUGUAACAUCUUUAUGCAAUCAACGACAACAAUACAAUAUCAAAAUUGCACUUUCAUGUAAUUUUCACUUUAUUAUAUACCUUCAAUAAGAUAUUUUAAAAAUACGAAGCAAAUGAUUUUUCUAAGAGAAGCUACCCACUUGUUAUUAGCUUAAUUUUUUUAAGGAAAAAAAUAAAAUAGAGGUAUUGUUCCAGUCAUGUAAUUUAUAAUAUCUGGUGGAAAUCAUUAUGCAGUAUGAUAUUUUGUUACUGCAGACACCGACAAAACACUAACAAAAUUUGAGAAAGUGUGAUUAUUUUUCAUACAUUUAUAUCAGUUGUUUACAUUUUCCAUAUAGGGUUUCGUUAAAAUCAAAGACUGUUUCUAUGCCAAAUUAUUAAACUGUUAUCUGUCUGUAAAGAAUAGAAUUGUCAGCCGAGUUAUUUUAGUUUGUUAGUCAAUCAACAAUUUUUAUUUACUCUAUUUAAGAUUUUUUAAAGAUUUGUUUAAACUUUUCAUUAAUUUAAAAAAUGUUUGCUUUUAAACUUUGUACGUAUAAUGUACCUUGAUCAUUUCUAUCUGCAUAGCCCAUUUUCAAAAAUUCAAAGGUCAAGGUCACUGGUUUCUGAUACAAUAAAGCAUACAAUUUUCCAAUGUUUUGACUGGUUAUUUUGAAACUUUGUUGGCUGGGCAACAACUUUUUAUAUGCAUGACAAGAACAGAAAUGAUGAUAGUCAUGUCAUGCUAAAGGUCAUUCUCUGAUUUGCUCAUGUUUGAUCAAACAACUAGAACUUGAAUAAGUUUUAUCUUUUGGAACACUCACGUAGUAGCAAGAAUAAUAAUCAAAUAACAAUGUAUGUAUUGUAAAGACGCAUCUUUUUAGCUCACCUGAGCCUGCUUAGUGUGAGCUUUUAGGAUCGUUGAAUGUCCGUCGUCUGUCAUCCGUCCACAUUUGAUUGUUAACAGACUAUCGGUCAGAUUUUUGCCUCAAUCAUCAUCAAACUUUGUCGGAAUGCUUGUCUAGAUAAUUGCUCAGAUGAGUUCGAACAUUGGUCAUCUCGGAUGAAAAACUAGGUAACAGUAGCUAAAUAGAAAAAUCUUGUUAACACUUUAGUGGCUACUGUUUUAAUCCAAAUAUCCUGGAAAUAGGUCUGAAAGUGUGUUCUGAUGAUUUCUAGGUCAAAUUUGAAUAUGGGUUACCUGGGGUUAAAAAACUAGGUCACACCUCCCAAAUAUGGAAAAACCUUGUUAACACUCUAGUGGUUAUAUUUUUACUCAAUUGUCAUCAAACUUGGUCAGGAUUAUUGUCUAUGUAAUUGCUCAGAUGAAUUUGAACAUGGGUCAUCUCGGAUGAAAAACUAGGUCACAGGAGCUAAAAAUAGAACAAUUUUAUUAACACUAUUGGCUGCUGUUUUGAAUCAAAUAUCCUAGAAAUUGGUCUGAAAGUUUGUUUUGAUGAUCUCUUUGUCAAGUUCAAAUAUGGGUCACCUUGGGUCAAAAUUUAUGACACUGCUCAAAUAUGGAAAAACCUUGUUAACACUAGUGGUCACAUUUUUGACUCAACUGUCAUGAAACUUGGUCAGGAUGCUUGUCUAGGUAAUUGCUUGGAUGAGUUUGAUGGGUCAGGUGAGCAAUCUAGGGCCAUCUUAGCCCUCUUGUUGUAAGUGUGGGGCCAUGUUUGAUUUUAAGAAUGAUUAUUCAUAUUUUGUGUGACUAUAUUAUACUUGUUACCUUAAUUAUGAUAACUUUACUCAAGUUAUACAGAUGGUGAAGCUAAUGCUCUUGUUCUCUUUUUGUUGUAAUUAAAAUGUUUGCUGUGUAGUAAGUUUGUUAGAAUAAGCAAUCAAAUAGAUUGCAAACUUAAUAUUUCAAGUUGAUUGUUGACAGAUUUUUUGCCUCAGCUAAUAGCUCAUAAAAAGUGAUUGUGGUAUAUAUGUCAUCUGUUUGUCUUUUCACAUCUAGUUUGUUACUUUGUUCAAUUUUUUUAUCUCUUAUUUUUUUAUCUGUCAAAAAUCAUUGUAUUUUGAAACCUGGCCAUGUUUGUCUGAAGAAAAAUCGUAGAAAUCAUUUGUAAACACUUAAAAGGCCAUAUUACAUAUUAUAAUUAUAUUUUAAUUGAUCUUUUUUUUAAAUCGUCAGAAUCCUUGUGAACACUAAGUAGGUUGUAACUUAUGUCAUGCAGUCAAGAAGUACAAUGUGCUGAUGUUUUAUUACACUAAAUUAUGUUUAAUUUAGUUGAAUUUUUAGCUCACCUGUCGCAAAGUGACAAGGUGUGCUUUUGUGAUCACAUUUCAUCCAGUGUCCAUCUGUAAACUUAUACUUUAAACAACAUCUCCUCAUAUACAUUGUACCACUAAGCCAAUCUCAUCUAACCUUCACAGAAAUGUUCCUUUGGUGGUCACCUUUAAAAUUGUUCAAUGAACUAAAUUCCAUGUGAACCGAAAGAAAAAACCUGAAAAAUCUUCUUUUAAAAUGCCAAAAGUGCUAGAGCUUAGAUAUGUAGCAUGAAGCACUUUCUAGUAGGUGUCUACCAAGUUUUUUCAAAUAAAGCCUUGGGGUCAAAAUUGGCCCUGCCCUGGGGGUCAUUGAUUUUCAUAAAAUGUAUAUAGGAAAAACUUAAAAAAUCUUCUUUUAAAGAACCCAAAGAGCUAGAGCUAAGAUAUUUAGCAUAAAACACCUUCUAGUGGGUGUCUACCAAGUUUGUUCAAAUAAAAGCCCUGGGGUCUAAAUUAGCCCCGCCCCGUUGGGUGAUUGAUUUUCCUAAUAUGCACACAUCUUUUGGAACUGUUGUUUUCCCUUUGCAAUAGCAACCAGUAAUGUUUUACUCAUGCACUAUUUCAUGAUUCAAAUAUGAACUUUGUAAUAUCAGUUAAGAUUUAGAUUUUAUAUCUGCUUUUGUUUAUCGUUUACAAUAUUAAUUGUUCCUUGUCUUGGAGAGAUUCUAUAUUCAGGUGAGCGAUUUCAGGGCCAUUAUUGCCCUCUUAGUUUUGUUUAAGUGUUAUUGCUAGUUUAUGUCCCAUUUAAAGUAGAAAAUAAGGUUUUUGAAGAAUUUUAAUCAUGUUUUAAUGUGUCAUCUACUUUUUUAAGACAAAAAAGUAUAAAUUUUGUUAGAGAAACAUUUGCUUUGAUUUACAUGUGCCUGUUUCAGUAGUAUUAUAUUAUGAGCAUGAUCCCUUAAAAUGUGGAAAAAGUAUUUUUACUGCUAGUUUGGCUUUAAAUUAUGCCGACACAUUUCUUUGAUUAUUUCUAUCAGUAUAUUGUAUUUGAAUUUCUUAGCAAUCAGACAUUAAAAUAAUCAAGUUGUAAACAGCUGUUUUAAAAAAGAAAUAUUAUGGAAACACCAUUGGCGAUUGCAAUGAUGUUCAACAUGUAUUUUUGGAUUCUGUCUAAAUUUCUCCUGGUCAAAUUCUCAAGAGAAAAUGAAAAGUCCAGAUUCCCUCUGGAAUGUAUCUUCUUUAAUCGUACAAAAGGAUAUAAAUUGAUAUGAAUGUUUUAUAUGACCUCUAUAUUGGUAAAGAAAAACUGACCAUUCAUAAUACCACCAAUAACAAAGUUUUAUAGGAUAUACUGGAGUCAGCUGGUGGUGGGCCAGUUUGUGGUUGUUUGGUCGGUCCAUUGCAUAUUUUUGUCUGGGACAUAAUUCAGAAUGUACAAGAUAAUUCACCUUCAAAUUUUGUAGGUACGUAGAUCUCACGGAUUGGAAUGCAGAAAUCUCAGGGAAAAAAGAACGACAGCCCUGAAAACCCCAAAUCCAAAGUUUAAUUAUCUUAUUGAUGUCGGAAAAAUAAUUAAAAAACAUUUGAAAAAAAUCUAUUAACUACCGCAUUCUCUCUUUGUGCAAAAUUAUUAACUUAAAAGCAUAUUUUAUGACAAGCUUGUGUUGGGGUUAUUUGGCACUUGUGUCAAUUUCUAGUUAAAAAAUCAUACAUACUAUAUAGGCUAUAAAUUGCUCACUGUCUAUUGGUGUAGUUACUUUUGAAAUAGCUUUCAUUUGAAAGAAAAUUUUAAAGAUCUGCAAGACUCUAGGAAAGUGAGUGCAAGUACAUAGUAAUGAUAUUAAGGACGUUUUCUGUAGUUUUCAUAUAGAUAUAUAGGCAAAUUUAAAACUGUUCCAUAGAAUUUCUUUAAAUUUUGCAUGUUGUUAGAAUAUGAUAACAGAAACAUUUUAUGCAAAAAAAAAGAAUUGGGGUCACUGUUCUCAUUUUUGAAUUAUCUGCAAUGAAUCAGAAUUUUCUACUUAUUUGAGGUCAUUUAAAGGGCAAUUAACUUAUACAUACGUAAAUGAAUUCUUGUUUUUACUUGUGGAUAAUUAUUUGAUUCUUAUUGUUGAAUAAAAAACAUAAUUACAAAAUGUACAUGCAAUUCCUUAUAUCGUUUCUGUUAUUUUUAGCUCACCUGUCACAAAGUGACAGGGUGAGCUUUUGUGAUCGCUUUUCGUCCGGCGUCCGUCCGUCCGGCGUCCGUCCAUAAACUUUUGCUUUAAAUGACAUCUCCUCAUAAACCACUGAGCCAAUUUCAUCCAAACUUCACAGGAAUGUUCCUUUGGUGGUCACCUUUAAAAAUUGUUCAAAGAAUUUAAUUCCAUGCAGAACUCUUGUUGCCAUGGCAACCAAAAGAAAAAUCUUUAAAUAUCUUCUUUUAAAAAACCAUAAGAGCUAGAGCUUAGAUAUUUGGCAUGAAACAUCUUCUAGUGAGUGUCUACCAAGUUUGUUCAAAUAAAAGCCCUGGGGUCAAAAUUGGCCCCGCCCCAGGGGGGCAUUGAUUUUCCCUAUAUGCAUAUAGUAAAAACUUAAAAAAUCUUCUUUUAAAGAACCCAAAGGGCUAGAGCUAAGAUAUUGGGCAUGAGACAUCUUCUAGUGAGUGUCUACCAAGUUUGUUCAAAUAAAAGCCCUGGGGUCAAAAUUGGCCCCGCCCCUGGGGGUCAUUGAUUUUCCCUAUAUGCAUAUAGUAAAAACUUAAAAAAUCUUCUUUUAAAGUACCGUAAGAGCUAGAGCUUAGAUAUUUGGCAUGAAACAUCUUCUAGUGAAUGUGUACCAAGUUUGUUCAAAUAAAAGCCCUGGGGUCAAAAUUGGCCCCGCCCCAGGGGGUCAUUGAUUUUCCCUAUAUGCAUAUAGUAAAAACUUAAAAAAUCUUCUUUUAAAGAACCCAAAGAGCUAGAGCUAAGAUAUUAAGCAUGAAACAUCUUCUAGUGAGUGUCUACCAAGUUUGUUCAAAUUAAAGCCCUGGGGUCAAAAUUGGCCCCGCCCCGGGGGUCAUUGAUUUUCCCUAUAUGCAUAUAGUAAAAACUUAAAAAAUCUUCUUUUAAAGAACCAUAAGAGCUAGAGCUAAGAUAUUUAGCAUGAAACAUGUUCUAAUGGGUGUCUACCAAGUAUGUUCAAAUAAAAGCCCUGGGGUCAAAACUGGCCCCGCCCGGGGGGUCAUUGAUUUUCCUUAUAUGUGUAUAGCAAAAACUUAAAAAUCUUCUUUGGAAAAACCCAAAUAGCUAGAGUUUAGAUAUUAAGCAUGAAACAUCUUUAAGUAAAUAUCUACAAAGUUUGUUAAAAUAAACGCCCGGGGGUCAAAACUGGCCCUGCCCCAGGGGUGUCAUUGUUUUUAACUAUAUGUGUAUAGUAAAAACUUUAAAAAUCUUCUUUUAAAAAAGCCAAUGAGCUAGAACUUAGAUGUUUAGCAUGAAACAUCUUCUUAUGGGUGUCUACCAAGUCUGUUCAAAUAAACAAAUAAAAGCCCUUGGGUAAAAAUUGGCCCGGGGGUGGGGGGACUAUAUACAGGUGAGCGACCUCAGGGCCAUCAUGGCCCUCUUGUUUUGUUUUAAUGAAACUAAAAGUACUUAAAAUUCAUAAAAAAUAGGCCAAUUUUUAAGAAAAAAUGCACAGGUUAAGAAAAGAAGUGGGGAAAAAACCAUCCACUAUAAAUUUGUUCUUGAAAUUUUGCAUAUUGACUGAGAUGAAGGUAAGCUUCAUAAAAAUAAGAAGAAAUUGUAUUGUUUUGCUUCAUUGUAAAUUAUCUGCCCUUGAAUUUAACAGAGAAGUCCAAUUCAAGGGCGGAUAACUCAAAAAUGAGAACGGUGAUCCCCAUUUUUAGCUCACCUGUCACAAAGUGACAAGGUGAGCUUUUGUGAUCACUUUUCGUGCGGCGUCCGUCCGUCCGUCGUCCGUCCGUCGUCCGUAAACUUUUACUUUAAAUGACAUCUCCUCAUAAACCACUAGGCCAAUUUCAUCCAAACUUCACAGGAAUGUUCCUUUGGUGGUCACCUUUAAAAAUUGUUCAAAGAAUUUAAUUUCAUGCAGAACUCUGGUUGCCAUGGCAACCGAAAGAAAAAACUUUAAAUAUCUUCUUUUAAAAAACCCUAAGAGCUAGAGCUUAGAUAUUUGGCAUGAAACAUCUUCUAGUGAGUGUCUACCAAGUUUGUUCAAAUAAAAGCCCUGGGGUCAAAAUUGGCCCCGCCCCAGGGGGUCAUUGAUUUUCCCUAUAUGCAUAUAGUAAAAACUUAAAAAAUCUUCUUUUAAAGAACCCAAAGAGCUAGAGCUUAGAUAUUUAGCAUGAAACAUGUUCUUAUGUGUGUCUACCAAGUUUGUUCAAAUAAAAGCCCUGGGGUCAAAAUUGGCCCCGCCCCGGGGGUCAUUGAUUUUCCUUAUAUGUGUAUAGCAAAAUCUUAAAAAAUCUUCUUUGAAAAAACCCAAAUAGCUAGUGUUUAGAUAUUAAGCAUGAAACAUCUUCUAGUGAGUGUCUACAAAGUUUUUCAAAUAAAAGACCUGGGGUCAAAAUUGGCCCCGUCCCGGGGGUCAUUGAUUUUCCUUAUAUGUGUAUAGCAAAAACUUAAAAUCUUCUUUGAAAAAACCCAAAUAGCUAGAGUUUAGAUAUUAAGCAUGAAACAUCUUCUAGUAAGUGUCUACAAAGUUUGUUCAAAUAAAAGCCCUGGGGUCAAAACUGGCCCGACCCCAGGGGUGUCAUUGUUUUUAACUAUAUAUGUAUAGUAAAAACUUAAAAAAAUCUUCUUUUAAAAAGCCCAAAGAGCUAGAGCUUAGAUGUUUAGCAUGAAACAUCUUCUUAUGGGUGUCUACCAAGUUUGUUCAAAUAAAAGCCCUGGGGUCAAAAUUGGCCCCACCCCAGGGGGUCAUUGAUUUUCCCUAUAUGCAUAUAGUAAAAACUUAAAAAAUCUUCUUUUAAAGAACUCAAAUAGCUAGAGCUAAGAUAUUUAGCAUCAAACAUGCUCUAAUAGGUGUCUACAAAGUUUGUUCAAAUAAAAGCCCUGGGGUCAAAACUGACCCCGCCCCAGGGGUGUCAUUGUUUUUAACUAUAUGUGUAUAGUAAAAACUUUAAAAAAAUCUUCUUUUAAAAAGCCCAAUGAGCUAGUGCUUAGAUGUUUAGCAUAAAACAUCUUCUUAUGGGUG